AUGGGCGGUUUCCUCAGUGAUGACCCGUCAGAACCAGAUCCCUACAGAGGACGGUAGCCGCGUCACCCUCGCCCUAAUCCCUCUCUGGGACAUGUGUAACCAUACCAACGGCCUGGUGAGUACUACAAACACGCUAUUAUACACUUAUUACGUGCCUAUUGCAUGGCUGAAACGUGCCUAUUGCAUGGCUGAAACGUGCCUAUUGCAUGGCUGAAACGUGCCUAUUACACAACUGCACACGAACAUCCUCCACCCACUGUGCGAGAGGUUUUAAUUUAUAAAAUAAAAUGUUUUAGGAAUCUUAAAAUCCUAGCUUUUUUGUAAAUAAAUCGACACACACACACAGUCAAGAAAUCUGCUGUAGAGAAUUCUAGAUUUGAGAGAAACCACACAGUGUGAUGUGUUUUCCUCAGUUGAUUACUCUUAUCUCAUGGGCUCUUUUAUUUAUCGCAAUCAUUUGGCUUUGAUUGUGUUCAGCGACUGAUUGUAACGGAGCAAUAUCAUCUCCUCCUUGCGUAUGCAUGUAAACUGCAUCUACGCCCCUUAAAUGUGAUUUGAUUUGUGAAAGCCCGAUACGUAGACAAAGCGAGUCAUUAAAGACAUGUAAUAAAAUGUCUUCCUGUGUAUUCCCUUGGUUUUAGUUUAAUAAAAAUGGGUUACAACUUCCUCCGACAUAUUUCCACAUUUUAUUGCUCUUCUUCAGCCCUAGUUGCUACAGUGUUACUCACUGGUGAGAAAUUGUUUGGGUUCAUUCAAUUUCCUUAAUUUCUGCCUAUUUGUAAAGCUCUCACUAACUCCGGAUGAGGGAAUUAUUUGUAUUGAUAUACUCAUUGAUUACGUAUACUAAACUAAUACAUUCAUGUUUUGAAAUACAUUUGCUUGCUGAUUUUGUUCAUUAGUCCCUUGAGAUUGUUACCAAAGGAAUGGAUGAUUUGAUAUUCAGCUCUUCUAAUACUAGGAGAGAAAAAAUAUUGUACAUUUGUUAGUUUAGCUGGUCACGUACACUAUAUAAAAUAAACUUGCUGUAAAUUGUAUCGCCAGUCAGUCAGUAAAGGAGCGCAGACAAUUCACUGUGCUGCUCCGAACUAUAACUACAUAAAAUGUUUUACUGUAAAGUGUGUUGCGUUUUUAAAUGCACUUUAAAUAAAGUUUGAUUUGAACCAGUCCAUAUUAUAAAACCAAGAGCGUUGGGCCAGUAACCGAAAGGUCUCUGGUUAAAAUCCCCGAGCUGACUAGGUGAAAAUAAAUCUGUUGAUGUGCCCUUGUGCAAGGCACUUUACCCUAAUUGCUCCUGUAAGUCGCUCUGGAUAAGAUGACUAAAAUAUGAAUGUAAAAUGCUUCCAUGAGCUUUUCCAACUGUCAUUAAUCAAUCAGUGAAUGGAUCAAUUACAGUUUGCCUGUUGUGUGUUGCGCAGAUCACCACUGGUUACAACCUGGAGGAUGACAGGUGUGAGUGUGUGGCUCUGCAGGACUACAAAGAGAACGACCAGGUGAGUCUGGGCAGCAUGAAACUACUGCAUCGUUUGCUCUUUAGCUACUAGACAAAACUAGUGUCCUGUCUGGGGGUGGGGUGUACAUCAAGCUGCCUCACGCUACAGAAACAGGAGAUGGGAUCCUGCCUUACUGGCUUGAAAAAGGCUUACCUACUUUACAUAUUUGUCCUGUACAUAAUGUUGAGUUAUUAUGGGUUAUGUAGAAGUGUAUGAUCUAAUUGCAUCAUGUAUGUGUAUAUCAAUUGAAAGGUGGUUGGUUCCUGACUGGAUGACUGACUGGUGUCCAGUGUUGAUGUUAUGUCAGGGAGAGAGAGAGAGGGUCAGGCUGGGAGUCAGACUUAUUGCCUGGAGGGAGUUUCCACAGUUGUUAAAUCCAUGCUUUGGGAGAGGGGUGGAGAAUCGGAACGCCACCAACCUCUACGGCUCCCUCUCCUCCUCCUCCUCCCCAUCCCCACCUCUCUCUUUUCAGAAUGGGAAUUAUUUGAUAAGAUUUAGAGAGACAGCAAUGUGUGUGUGUGUGUGAGUGGGGGUGGUUGAGAGGGGGGUGAUGGGAAGUCGAGCCUCUUGAUCCUAUGAUUCCUCCGGCAGAUAUCACCGUCCGGCCGAAGUGCCCUGAGCUCACAGAGGGUGUGUCUGAAAUAGCACCCUAUUCCCCAUCUAGUGUACUACUUUUGACCAGAGCACUAUGGUCCCUGGUAAAAAGUAGUGCACUACAUAGGGAAUAGGGUGCCAUUUUGGACAUAGAACCUGCCUGAGCUCACAGAGACACAAACCACUAAGCUACAUUCCCAACUAAGCUUUAUCACUCCUCCUCUCUAUCCCCUGCCCUGUCUCUCGCUCUCCUUUUUUACCUCUCACACUCGUUCCGUUCUGCUAUCUGUAAAUGUGGAUGUAAUAUGUUGGAGCCAUACGUGAGUGGAGUGGUGUGGGGAUUCUCUGUGCCCAUGUGAAGCUUCCACUAGAUCAGAAAUGAUAACAUGGUUAUGAGGCAAAAUGGUACAUAGGAAUAGUGGGUGGAAUGUUCACCACAUUGUUUACAUCCAAAUGAUCCAACCCAUUACAAUCUACAGGAACCUUCUAGAGGUUGAGUUCCAAUCGGAUGAUAAAGGGGAAGUUCAGCUAACUUUAGCUACCAUCCAGUAAAAAAAGGUUGUAGUGGCUGUUUUUUUAGAAAACCAAACCAUGUUUUACAGUUUCUCCUGGCCCAUACACUUGUUUUCAGGGAGAUAAACAAUCUAACAUUAAGUUGUAAAAUACUGAACUUCCACUUUAAUGUUGAGUGACUGUUCUCUUGUCUGUCCUCAGAUUUACAUAUUCUACGGGACGCGGUCCAACGCUGAGUUUGUGAUCCACAACGGCUUCUUCUUCCAGGAGAACGCACACGACAGGGUCAAGAUCAAACUGGGCGUGUCCAAGAGUGAACGGCUGUACGCCAUGAAGGCUGAGGUGCUGGCCCGCGCUGGCAUCCCCUCGUAAGUAGAGACGCACACACACAUACACACAAACAUACAUACACACGGGCAUCCCCAUAAGUAGGGAGGGAGGGACAGUGGGAGGGAGAAAGAGGGGUAGUGCGAGAGAAAACAAAUGAUAUCUCUCCAUUAUGUCAGAGACUGAGGUAAUUUCAGGAGGGCAAUAUUUUCCAGAAUUUCAGUGACUUGAUCAAUGUGACAAUCGGCAGGACAUUAUUACACUGCAAACACAUUACUGAGUCUUUCUCAAGUCUAGUAGCAUUACUAUUACAUUCCUUCUCUCUGCCCAUCGCUAUAACAACAGUACAUACAGGAGAGGAGAAUUUACUGUGAAAACAAGCUACACUGUGACGUGAAGGUUCCAUCACAAAUGACACCCUAUUCCAGGGCUGGCCAACCAUGUUCCUGGAGUGCUACCUGCCUUUAGGCAUUUUCAGGAACAGGGUUAACAUUCCUUAAUGCUGCACUACUUUUGACCAGAGCUCUCUGUGGUUCAAAACUCCUUUCAUAUAUCCCAGUGUAUGUAUGGGCGACAGACAGGCAGUGUACCGUUGCCUCUGUGCCUUUGAACACUAUACAUCACUAUAUCUGUCAGUUUAACAAUAGAGCCCCUGACAGCAACAACACAACACACAGUCUUUAAUCUCAUUUCCACUGUGAGACUUAAAAUGCCCCAUCAAUAAGAGAUUAAAAGCGCUCUUAUUAAUAUGACAGGGAGGGAAGGCUGCAUAAUAUUAGGGUAAUGAUAAAAUGAUGGGAGCGUCAGGGCGGGGGGGGGUAGAAAGCUUCCCUCAUGGUAUAGAGGCCUAUUCUGAGACGACGCUGCAAUGUUUUAUCCUGGAACAGAAGCCUGCACCCACACCGGCCCACCAGCCUGCCCACCCCUGGUGUAGUGGUCUCCCUCGCCUCUCUUCUCGCUCUCUUUUUCCCUCAGAAUAAGAAGCAAUCUCUCUUUCCCCACUGCUUCUUUUUUUUCUUCUCUCUCUCUCUCUCUCUCUCUCUCUCUCUCUCUCUCUCUCUCUCUCUCUCUCUCUCUCUCUCUCUCUCUCUCUUUUCCUUCUUCCCCCCCCCCCCCCCCCCCCCAGGUAUAUCCCGUGGUAAUGAAAGAUCUUGUUGUAAUUGAUUAAGUGUAUAUUAAAGAUGCAUCAGGGGGAUCAGGGUUUGGCCUCCACUCAGCUUAAAUGAGUCAGCUGAUGCUAAACGUGAGUGGGUCUCGGUUAACCAUGGACCAGUGGCUGCUAAACUAAACAUGAGUGUAGUGUAGUGGAGACCUGAGUUAGCCAUGGGCCACUAACCUCCAUUAACACAAACUGUACCUGCCAAGCCCCUUCACUGAGUUUAACCUACAGAUCAGGGUUUUAUAUGGUUAAAGUCAUACAGGGAUCACUGUGGAAGGUUUUUUCUUCUAUGUGAGGCGUGCAAUUUUUUCUUUAUUUAACCUUUAUUUUGACAGGGAGUCAAUGCUGAGACAAAGGUCUCUUUUUCCAGAUGAGCCCUGUAUAGCACCACAAUACACAUCACAAUACACAUCACAAUACAAUAAACACAUUAAACUACACAUUCAUAUACACAUUAAACUACACAUUCAUAUACAUAUAAAAAUACACAUUAAACUACACAUUCAUAUACACAUUAAAAUAUAUUAUUAUAACAACAGUACAUGAAAAGCAAAAUACAAUCAUAAACCAAUCAGUAAAAGGUCCCCUAAUAACCGUCCGAAAUGCCCUAGAGGCACAAACUCCUUCAAUUUUAAAGUACAUUGUAGAUCAUUCCACACUUCUAUAGGUUAACAAUGAGGUAAGAUGGUGGAAGUUUAUGCAAGAGGGCUUUAUAGACAAAAAGAGUGCAAUGCAUCGAUCUACUAGACAUCGACGGCCAGCCCACAUUCUGAUACAAAAUGCAAAGAUGUGUACUGAACCUAUCGCCCUGUAAUAAAGCAGAAUGCGCUAUGAUAAACUGUGUCCAAUGGCAUAGUCAAUAACCGGAAUGAAUAUUGACUGAAUAAUUCGUUUUCUGCUAUUUAACGAAAGACGGGACCUGUUCCUAUAGAAGAAACCAAUUUGAAUUCUUCAUAAUUUUUUUAAACUAACUCGUCAACAUGCUUUAUGAAAGAGAGCUUUUCCUCAAUCCAGACGCCCAGAUAUUUAUAGAUGGGGACACCAUCAAUGAGGGCACCUUUCAAAGUACGUAUGCAUAAAUCAUCUGAUUUGGAAAAUAACAUGUAACUGGUUUUACCUGCAUUAAUUACCAAUUUCACUUCAAAGGCUUUCUGCAGGGCAAUAAAGGCAGAUUGAAGAUCUAACAGAGCCUGAUCAACUACAGGGAAGGUUAUAAUGUUUACUGGUGUAGGUUUAACUAAGAGGUGAUAUGUGUGUGUAAUGUGAAAUAGAGAAGUUGUUGUGACUGUACGGUCUCUGUUUUUCACUUUUUCUCCCCCCCCCCCCCCCCCCCACCCCCAUCAGGUCCAGUAUCUUUGCCCUGCACUGCAGUGAUCCUCCAAUCUCUGCCCAGCUAUUGGCCUUCCUCAGAGUCUUCUGUAUGACUGAGGGUAAGACACACACGCAAGCCUAAAUGCUUGCAUCGAUCCCCACACGGUCACAAGGCCAGUCGUUAGGAGUUAGGAGUGAUACUUAGAAGUGAAAUUAUUUAAAAUACUUUACUUGAUCGAGCUUACCCGUUGCAGUGGAAAAGUUGCCAACUGGCAAUCCAGGCAGGCUAAAGCAAAUGCUCAAAGUAUUUGAAAGAUUUGAAAUGGUAUUUGAACCCAGGUCUGGCUAGCAUACUACAGCUACUGUAGGAGCCAGGCCUCCUCUACCUCAGGCCCCACAGAUAUACUAUUCACAUUGGCUCUUUCUCUCUCGCUAAAUUUUUUACAUGGCCCUAGCCCCCUCCCGUGGGGGUCGGAGCGGGGUGGUAUAACUUUUUUACAGAUGUGACUCAGGCAUGUGUGUGUGUGUGUGUGUAACGUGUGAACACAUUAAGCACUCAACCUCCGAUCAUUUCAUGUCUCCCUCUCCAGUGUAAUCCAGCCUUACAUAAUAGCUCAGAUCAAAAGACAGAUUGCGAAGGCAGCAGUUGGCUACCGGUUUAACUAGUCUACCUAGGGACUCGGCCUGUAGAAUAACAGCCCUUUAACUUAAAACCUUGAACAUCAGAGUUAGGUUAAUUAAUGUCACCAAACUUAAUUGACGUCUUUUAAAAAAAACAAUUUGUACCUGUUUAGCUCUAAAGACCAGGCCCUCUGAAUUGACCUGGAUGUUGUAGUUGUGUUUUUUCCUCUGCGUAAUCCUAUUGGUCCUGACGUUCUGGUUCACUGCCAUUUAACCCCUAUUCUCCACAGAGGAGCUGAAGGACUACCUGGUAGGAGAACACGCCAUCAAUAAGAUCUUCACCCUGGGUAACACUGAGUUCCCUGUGAGCUGGGACAAUGAGAUCAAACUGUGGACUUUCCUGGAGACCAGGGCUGCCUUGCUGCUCAAGACCUACAAGACCAGCUCCCAGGUCAGUAAGGACAACAAGGCUCUUUGACUUCCCCCACCAUAUUGUUUUAUUUUCUCUCUCUGCUGACCCACUUUCGGUCUCCCCCUCCCUUCCACUCUACCUCACUCCCUUACACUCUACCUCACUCCCUUACCCUCUACCUCACUCCCUUACCCUCUCUCACUCCCUUACCCUCUACCUCACUCCCUUACCCUCUAACUACCUCACGCCCUACACCUCUACCUCACUCCCUUACCCUCUACCUCACUCCCUUACCCUCUACCUCACUCCCUUACCCUCUACCUCACUCCCUUACCCUCUACCUCACUCCCUUACCCUCUACCUCACUCUCUUACACUCUACCUCACUCCCUUAUACUCUACCUCACUCCCUUCCCCUCUACCUCACUCCCUUACCUUCUGCCCAAUGUCGCCCCACCUCCCUGUCCUCCAGGAUGACCAGUGUGCAUUGGAGAAGCCCGGUCUCUCCCUCCACUCCCAGGUGGCCAUCCAGCUGCGCCUGGCUGAGAAGCAGAUCCUGGAGAGGGUGGUGGCCAGCGGCAGGGCCAAACGCCUGCACUUCCAGCAGCAGCAGGAGGAGGGCGCUCCGCUGCCCCGCUAUGAGGAGAGCGACAUCGCCCUGCUGGAGAACGCAGAGGCCGACGCCAAGCUGCCCAUCAUCCUGAGGAAACUAGAGGACGAGGAGGGAGAUGACCAGGCAGCGGUGGAGCAGGUGUUGGCUCAGGUACAGCAGCUGGGACAGGGGGGCGCAGCCAGGGAUCUAGCCCCCCUCAUAGUCAACGGGGAUGGUGGGAAGGUGGUGGUCAACGGGAAUGGUACGGACGCUAGCCUGACUGAGGACACUAGCCCAGUCCUGGAGGUUGGUGGAGACGCUAGCCCGAUUCAGGAGGAGGAUAGUGUGGAUGCUAACUCCACCACGCCAGACACUGCUGUUCCAGCAGCCACCCAGGAACAGGAAGGCCAAACAGAGAACGGAGACAAGGCUACUGCUUCUCCCUCACUGGAAGUGGACGUGGACCUGAGUGCAGAACGAACUGGAGACGAGCCCAAAGUCAACAGCGAA